CAAGAGCAAGUGCCUGUGCAAGUCCUGUGGGGAAACAGAGAAAGUGACAAGAGAAGGAAGGACACUAAACUAUCCAUCAACGGAGAUAAGUGGAGCUAAUUCACAGCUUGAGAGACAAAAGGAGAGAAAUCCAGCAUUUUACUUUUUGCCAUUCAGUCUCAUGCCUAUUUCCCUUUACAUUGUCUGUCCUAAACUUCUCUACACGCAAUCUUAACGUGUGGCCUGUUUGAACAUGACCACAAACGGAAUUAACAAAGCUCUGAAGCUGCAAUUUGGCCUCAUCAACUAUGAGAAUCGCUACCUGACAGCUGAGGCUUUUGGAUUCAAGGUGAAUGCCUCAGGUACUAGCAUGAAGAAGAAACAGAUUUGGACCUUAGAGCAGGAUGAGCAAGAUGGGCAAGUAGUGUUCCUCCGCAGUCACCUGGGACGCUAUCUGGCCUCUGACAAAGGUGGUAAGAUCAUAUGUGGGGCAGAGAAGCCUGAUCCUGAAUGCCGUUUCCUUAUUGUGCCCCAGGCUGACGGACGCUGGGCACUGCAAUCAGAACCUUACCUGCGUUACUUUGGAGGUUCGGCAGACUAUCUAUCCUGCUUUGCCCAAGUCAUUGGGGAACAAGAGCUGUGGGCCGUCCAUCUGGCUUUACAUCCACAAGCCAGCCUUCUUAGCGUGGCACGUAAGCGCUAUGCUCAUCUAUCUGCUUCAGAUGGAGAGAUAUCAGUGGACAGCAACAUUCCCUGGGGAGUGGACUCCCUGGUCACCUUGGUAUACCUUGAUGGCAAGUACAGCCUGAAGACCUGUGACAGCCGUUUCCUCAGCAAUGACGGCAAACUUGUGAAGGAGAAUACCAACACAACUAGCUUCACUCUGGAGCUGAAAUCUGGCAAGCUGGCCUUUAAGGACUGUGAUGGGAAAUACCUGGCCCCAGUGGGACCCACGGGAACACUGCGGUCAGGCCGAUGCUCCAAGCCUGGAAAAGAUGAGCUAUUUGAUCUGGAGGAGAGUCAUCCCCAAGUAGUUUUUCAAGCUGCCAAUAAAAGAUAUGUCUCAGUCAAACAAGGAGUGAGUAUUUCAGCCAAUCAAGACGUGGAGACAGACAUGGAGACCUUUCAGAUGGAGAUAGAUAAAGAAAGCAAAAAGUCUAUGUUCAGGACCAAUGGCGGAUCCUACUGGACAUUAGUGACUCAUGGAGAGAUCCAAUCCACUGCCAAAGAGGUUGAGGUCAACACAAUGUUUGAUAUUGAAUGGAGAGGACAAAGGGUAGCACUCAAAGCAAGCAACGGAAAGUACGUGUGUACAAAGAAGAAUGGGCAGCUCUCAGCAGUCAGCGAUACAGUGGGUGAUGAUGAGUUGCUCCUGAUGAAACUCAUCAACCGCCCUAUGCUGAUCCUUCGUGGAGAGAAUGGCUUCGUGUGUCACCACAAGAAUGCCAACACUCUGGAUGCGAAUCGAUCCGUCUACGACAUCUUCACACUGAUCUUCAAUGACGGCGCCUACAACAUAAAAAGUGUGAAUGGAAAGUUCUGGUAUGUCUCUGGCAGUGGCCUAGUGUGCUCAGAUGGAGAAAAGUCAGAGGACUUUUUCCUGGAGUUCCUGGAACAUGGACGUGUCGCAAUCAAGGGCUCCAACGGCAAGUACCUUCGUGGAGACCAGGGAGGCACACUUAUGUGUGAUGGUAAAUCUGUUGAUGCAUCUUCUCUCUGGGAGUACUGACUCCAUCAAUGUGGGUUUUCAAUGCGGGCCUAAGAUGCAGGGGCAGGAUCUGCUUUUACCAGGUCAUAUGAAGUCAACAAACUGGAAAAUAUUUUCCUGCCUAUUUUUUGCUGUUUGUUUCUUGCUUGAUUUUUUUUUUUUUUUUUUAAAUUGGGAGGAAGUGACUAGUUUAGGAAGAUUUUUUUAUGUUUUGUCUUUCAAAUGAUAAAAAUGCCAACAUCAAAUGACACAUAUUGUGUGAACAAUGCGUCAUUUUGUGUAAUUUUGCAAAUGUGGCUAUCACAAUUCUUUCAGUCAGACUUUGUUCAAUAUACAACCAUAUGUUUUUGAGGGCAGACAUACUGAUCGGUCAAAAAAACAGAAUGUUCCUGACAGGCGGGGGUACUGCCAUCUAGCACAGUUUCUACUGCUGUUACUUUGACAGAUUUUCUGCUUAGCCUACCCAGAGAGCUUGUUAAUGGAUGGCAAAAAAAAAACCAAAAAAAAAAACCCUUCUGUCUUCUGCUAAAUUUUAUAGGUUAAACAGGUUAUGUAUCUGCAAAAACAGAUAAUGGCAGAUCAAUGUGGCUGAACCCUCUGGAUCCAAAGGCUUACUUAAAAAUGUACAAGAACACAUUUGGUUAGGUUUAUAUAGCUGUGAUGCUAGACAGCUAUGUGUAUCCAAGUCUGACGUGUACAAACUCUCAACACUUGUUUAGAGCUUUUAAAUGAUUUCAGUACUUUAAUGCAUUCAAAAGGAAUAGUCUGUUCAUUGAGUCAUGUUAAGGAAAGGCAAUGCACCACGGUUUGUGCCAGUACUGCUUUCAUUUGUCUUAAUGGAACAUUUACAGAUUCUAUUGAAAACAAUGAUAUGAUGUCAAUUAAGUGGGCAUGAAAAAACACUGUUUUGCGAUGCUGCAAAUGUAAAUACAAACAAUACUUAAACCAGCCUCACCACAAACACUGAGAUAUAUACAGUAUGUGCAACACAAAGAAAUGCAGAGAUCAGACAUCUUUAGGAGUAAGGAAUGUCUGCAGAAAUAUGAUUUAUCCACAGCGGGGACUAGUAAGAAACCUAAGUGGGAGCAGAUUUAAAGUACUGGAUGGAUCCUUCUGUUGUACCUGAUGUAAACUCAGAAAGUGCUUCUCUGGUGAUCUGCCUAGGGGCCUUAAUCCAAACUGCACUCCACAUCCCGUUAUGUUCUGUUUUCAUGUUGAGAGAUGGGUAGUCACAUAAGAAGAUAUAAUGGAUUUUGGCAACAGAUGUUUUUGAAGAACACUGUAAAGUUUGCUUUCCAGGACGUUUGUUUUCCAUCUGAAUAUUUAAUCAUCUUGAGUGAAGGUGCAUAUGCACUUUGCUUGCCGAGUUUGCAGACCCAGCUCCUGCAAACUCCUUCAGAAGUCUUUAAAGUUCUUGGUGACAUGUUGUUCCACCUUUGCUUCUGGUCUCUGUGCAUAGAAAGGCCAGCACCAUCCCAAUGAAACCAACUUAUCUUCUCAAUUAAAUCUGGAUAUAAGAGCAAGUCAGUAAAUUUCACAAAACAGCAGAAUCUUCCUCUAACCAUACCUACCCAGUACUGCUUGUGAAAUUGUAAUAAUUGGCUUGAAGUUGACCCUUAGCCAUAAAAUCUUACUUUUUUUUUUUUUUGGAAACUUCUCAUAUUUUCACUAAAAUCUCUCGACUCAGUGAAAUGAUUACAACAAAUCACUAAGGGCACAAGCUGCCCAGACUUAAUUAGAACAGAUGUUGUUGGGCAGUACAGAGGACAGCCUAAAAAUGUAAACAAUUAAGUCUGUAGAUUUUUGUUGGCUAUUUCCCAGAAGGUAAUAAAACCGACUAUAGUUUCAGCAUAAUGUUUAAACUAGUGGUUUUGUGUUGUGUGCAAUUUGGAUUUGUUUUAGUUCUAAAAAUGCUUGUUUACCUGUACAGCCUGUAUCAGCUCUAUAGAGAGCCUUUGGACAUAUUUUAGAAUGUAUCUAUUUUACUAUCUUUGUUUUAUGACGAUUUUUGAAAAAUGUUGAAAAUAAAAACUUGACAAUA